AUACUGUCGUAAUCGGUUCACGAGAGAGCGCAUUUGACGGCCCUAUAUUCACAUUUAUUUAAAAUUUCGGAUUAAAAAUGGCGAAAACUCAUUGAAUAUGUUAAUGAAAGCGUAAAUAUUUUUAAUUACACUCCGGCAGGGGAGAAAGACCCACCACACGCUCUUCGGAUUGUGUCAUGGCGGCACAGAUGGCGGUAAAUUCGGGAGCCAGCCUAUGGGGGCCUCUGAAGGAGCUAUGGAAGACUGUGGAGGGGGCUGUGUUGAGGAGGCAACCAGAGAGCUUCCAUUUGCUCGACCUGCAGUUGAAAAAACACAAGCCGCACUUUCUGUCCCUCUUUAAGAACCCGCCAAAGAGUGCAGAGCAGAGAGAGAAGGUGCGCAAAGCCAGCACAGAAGGCAUCGCUAUUCAAGGUCAGCAGGGGUCACGACUUCUUCCGGAGCAGCUCGUUUCAGAGGCCUUUAUCCUCAGUGACUUGUUUGACGUUGGAGAGUUGGCAGCUCUGGAGCUCUUGCUCGCGGGCGAGCAGCAGCAGUCCCACUUUCCUGGUUUGACACGUGGGUUGGUGGCAGUGCUCCUCUAUUGGGAUGGCAAGCUUUGUGUGGCAAACGCUCUGCGCACUCUUAUCCAGUCACGUCACGGCAAGACUUUCACCCUGAAUUUAAGUGGAGAGCUUGUGUCUUUGACGACACAUUUUACUGAUGAACUGAUGAGCCAGGGUUUGACGAAACGCAUCUUGACCUUGGUGAACGAGAUAAAUCUGACACGAGAGUUUGAACGGCUGCAGAAGGAGCGAGGCCUCGGGAAUGAAAAGCACAGAAAGGAGGUUUCUGAUUUCAUCAAAGAAUGUCGUCAGGCCCUUGCGGACAGCCUGUUUGCAUGGACCUGCCAAUCACCUUUGACUAAAGAUGAUACGCUGGCUCUCAUUGGGUAUUUGGAGACAGUAACGGCUCAAGCUGAUGGCUCACUGGACAGUGUGAAUCUGGCUGUGGUCAUGGCACUCCUGUACUGUUUGGAUGUCAGUUUCAUCGAGCAGGGGACUGAAGACAGGGAAGACCUUCUUCAGACGCUUCCGCUGCUAACGGAGAGACAGUAUGUGUCGGCAGUGCACAAUCGUUUAAUGGACAGUCAGCCGUGGAAGCUUCCAGGUCUGCAGGCUGUGUGUCGCCUGACCUGGGCGCUUUCUCUGAGAGUCCUGUCCCAGCUGCCACAGGGUGCCGCCCUGGUGGAGUUUACUGAGGCAGAUGAAGUGCUGGCAGACCAGGCUGUCCUGGGAGAUGUCUUCCUGUUCCUUAAAGAGGGCAUGCUCGAUUGUGAGAGUUUCUUCCAGGAAGAGUUUUAUAUUCGCCGCCUUCACUCACUCAUUACAGAUUUUCUGGCACUAAUGCCAAUGAAGGUGAAGCAGCUCCGCAACCGUGCUGAUGAGGAUGCCCGCUUGGUGCAUAUGUCCUUACAAAUGGAUAAUGAGCCACCAUCGUCUUUGCGCAAGGACUUGGACCACCUCAUGAUGCUUAUAGGAGAGUUUUACAACAAAGACCCGUUUGGCUUAGAGUUGGGUCUGGAAUUCUGGUGUCCCACAGAGUCCCUACAACACACCUCGCUGCAAGGAUCCUACCUGGGAAUGGCAAUGCAGAGGCCACCACAUAAACAGGUGGUCCUGUCCAAGUUUGUGCGUCAAAUGGGAGACCUUCUGCCAUCUACUCUUUAUAUCUCCUAUCUCAGGAUGCUGAAAGGCCUUGCCAAUGGUCCUCAGUGUGCCCACUACUGUUUCAGCCUGCUUAAAACAAAUGGCGCUACACACAGUGAUAACCUUCAGGGAGUAUCGGGCAGCCCAGUGUCAUGGGAGCAUUUUUUCCACUCCCUGAUGCUCUAUCAUGAGAAUUUGCGAAGGGACCUACCAAACCCAGAUGCAGCGCAAUAUCGCCACCCGCCUCUACGGGGCAUCACGCAAAGGGAACUGGAAGGACUCACCUCAUUUUUGCAGUUACUCACGACAAUCAUCACAUGGAGUGAAAAUGCUCGCCUGGCAUUGUGCGAGCAUCCCCAGUGGACCCCUGUCGUGGUGAUGUUGGGGUUGCUGCAGUGUAGCGUUCCCCCUGUCCUGAAAGCUGAGCUGCUUCGCUGCCUGGCUGCCUUUGGGAAGUCACCUGAAAUUGCAGCUUCACUGUGGCAGUCACUGGAGUACACACAGAUCCUUCAGACAGUGCGUGCCCCAGGACAGAGACAGGCUGCUGGAAUUGAGGUCGAGCUGAAUGAGAUUGAGUCAAGCUGUGAGGAGUACCCUCUGACACGAGGCUUCUGUCAUCUGAUAAGCACGCUGGUGGAAAGCAGUCUUCCCCUUAAUUUGGGUGCAGGGCUGCGGGUACCAGGCUUCCAGCCAUACCUCAACUUCUUGCGUGAUUCUGUCUUUCUGGCUUUCCCGACCAGAGCGUACCGACGUCCUGCUGAGAAGUGGGAAGUAGCUGAUGCUACCCUGGAAGUGUUCUACAAGCUGCUGCGGGAUUAUGAGCCGCAGCCGUCAGACUUUGUUCAGGAGAUGGUGGAGCUGCAGGGCGAGCAGGUACCAGCCCACAAGCCACCAGGCCACAGCAUCAUGUUCCACCUGCUCAAUGACUCGCCCAUGUUGGCGCUCUGCCUCAGCGUACUCGAGGAGGGUGUACGCCAACUGGACACCUACGCCCCCUUCCCUGGAAAGAAACACCUGGAGUCUGCUGUUCUGCGCUGCCUCUGCCUGUUGGAUCUGACCCUCCAGAAGGAGGUGGUGUUCAUGGACCUCCUCAGGGAGAGCCAGGCCUCCUUGCUGGUUUCCCCAUUGGAGCAGCUCCUGCAGGGGGUCAGUCCUCAAACCCGCAGAGCAGAUCACAUAGUCAACGUUGCAAGAUAUUUAUACCACAACGACUCCAACCCUGAGGCAGCCUUCCAGAGUGCCAAGAUCUUGCGUCGCAUCGCCAACUACCCAAACAUUCACGUUCGGCUUGUCGGGGAUUUCACACAUGACCAGACUGUUAGUGAUAAGCUGAUGGCAGGUUUUGUGGAAUGUCUGGACAAUGAUGAAGCAGACGAAGGAACGGAGACAGAAAACGACUCGGAUUGUCAAAAGAAGGUGGCACGAAUAAGACAUGAAACCCAGAUUCAUAUCCUGAACCUGCUCAUCACCUCUUUGGAGCUGAAGACACCUAAUCUGGCACUGUAUCUACUGGGUUAUGAAGUCAAGAAGCCUGUGUCUUCCACUAACCUGCAGGACCAAGGUGUGUUGGGAUGCCCUCGGAGCUGCCUGCACGCCAUCCUGAGUCUCUUGCAGAGGGGCACUGAGAAAAGAUCUGGACCUGUGCUCACUCAGCAUGCGCCACACCUGGCGGAGCUUUGCUACCAGGUGAUCUACCAACUGUGUACCUCCCCUGAAACAUCUGGGCCCACCAUGCGUUAUUUGAGGACCAGCCAGGACUUCCUGUUCUCUCAUCUGCAGCACUUACCUUUCAUCUUGCCUGGGGACCAGAUUGCUGCACUGUCCCAGAUGUCCUGGCUCAUGAAAACAGCAGCCAUUGAAUUGAGGGUGACCUCACUGAACCGUCAGCGUUCACAUACACAACGCCUCGUCAACCUGCUGCUUGAUGACCAGCCCCACUCACAGCAUGCAGGUAGGGCUGAAGGAGAAUCUGGCAUGGAGGAGGAGACCAGAUCAGUCAGUGGUUUCUUACAUUUUGACUCUGUUUCUAAAGUACGCAGGAAGUUGCUGAGUGUGUUGGACGCCAUCGACUUUAGCCAAGAUAUGCCCGAGCUGCUGCAGCUCGACUUUUUUGAACGUACUCAGAUAGAGCAAGUCAUCUCCAACUGUGAACACGUCAAUGAGCAAGGGCACACUGUGUGCAAUGUUAAGUUGCUCCAUAGAGUGCUGGUUGCUGAGGUGAAUGCUCUGCAAGGCAUGGCAGCCAUUGGACAGAGACCCCUGUUAAUGGAGGAGGUGAACUCCAUCUUGCAGCAGGUGGUGGAACGUAACCGCGUCCGUCGGAGUCUGAGUGCAAAGAGACAUGCGCUGCAGUCCUGGAGGAGCCUGGUGGAGACGCUGCUGACAGCCUGCCCUGCUGAUCUUAUAGCAGUUGAAGAUAGACAGCUCAUCAUCAGAGACCUGCUGCUGGAUCUGCAUGACAAGGUUUUAUCUGACGAUGCAGCAGGAGAACUGAUGCCUAUUGUCGCUGGGGCUGUCUUCACCUUAACCACUCACCUCAGCCAAUCGGUUCUGUCUGAGCAUCAGCAAGGGGUGGGAUUAGAAUCUACAUCUGGCUUUUCCUCUAUUGCAAACUCUGCCCUUCAUCUUGUCCUUCGCAAACUGCUGGACUUCAUCCUUUCUACUGGCGGGGGAUACCAGCGUCUGCGGGCUCACCUGUAUGGCUCUUUGCUGUACUACCUUCAAAUUGCCCAGAAGCCCGAGGAACCAAACACUCUGCAGACAGCAGGAAGGGCAAUGUGGGAGCGUCUCACAGCCCCUGAAGAUGGCUUUUCCAAACUGCAGAGAGAGAACCUCACCAUCAUCGAGAGCUACGGCAGGGUACUAAUGGAGGUGGUGUGCAGGGAUGCAUGUGAUGGCCAUGAAAUAAGUAGGAUGCUCGCUCUGGCAGUACUGGACCGAAUCCUGUCCAUUGACCGCCAGAACCAGUGGCUGGUGUACAUUUGCAACAGUGGGUACCUUCGCUCACUAGUAGAGAGCCUGCGGCAGGAUGACCUGGCCCUGCAGAGCCUGCUCACACCUCAGCCUCCCCUCCUCAAGCCACUCUACAUCUACGAGAGCAAAAUGGCCCUGCUGACCCGGGUAGCCAAGACAAACCAGGGGGCUGUGGAGCUGCUGCGCAGUGGACUGGUAGCACAGCUGAUUGAGUGUCAGGUGUUUGACAUGGUACCUGAUAGUGACUCUCAGAGGGUGAUGAGGGACCCGUCAGGUUUCAUCCCCAGCCCCAUGGACCGUUAUAGGCAGAUUCUUUUACCUACCCUGAGACUCUUUCAGGUGAUCCUGACGUCUACCACUGUGAAUCACCAGCAGGGGGCAGCACAGAUCCUCCAGUGGCUGAUAGUCCAUGCAGACACCAUCCAGUCACUGCUGCGCUGUCCAGAGCUCAGUAUUGGAGCUUUGCAGGAGCUUUCCUUGCUCUCUGGUAUCAUCAGUAAGACUGCUCUUCCAGGUGCCCUUGAGAUGGGUGGAGAGGUCAACGGUGCGGCUCUGAUGGAGUUUCAAGGUCACAUCAACAGAUUCCAGCGUCUUUGCCUGCAGCUGCUUGGCCGCCUGGCAGGCAGUGAGCGUGAGAGGUUGCUGAAACAGGCGGAGGUGACCACAGUCGGAGAUUCAGCUGAACGAGAGGAGAUGGAGGUGGCCAUGCAGCAAGUGUGCGCCAACAUUAUGGAGUACUGCCAAACCCUGCUGCUGCAGAGCUCCGCUCAAGCCCAGUUCAGUAUCUGCCUCUUCAGCCCGCUUGGCAGCGAGCCAGACGGCAGGGACGGAAAUCGCACAGAUCUUAGCUCCACCCUGCCCAACAUGGCGUACUCGCGGACCCCCAGUUUGGGCCUCAUCCUCUAUCUGCUCAAGAACAGCGCCGCCGACUUCUUCCACUUUCACCAGAGUCACAGGCAGAAUCUGGGCAAGCUGCAGAGCCUGGAUCAGCUUCCCCCUGAGGAGCUCAAGGAGUUGUGCCAAGGCCUGGUGUCAGGACCAGGAGGGGUGGAGAAGAUCUCCUCAGUCCAAAGAAGUUUGCUGGCCAAGAGAAGACUGGUCCAACUCAUCAACAACAGAGCCAAGCUGCUGGCACUGUGCUCCUACAUUAUUGAGACUUGUUUGUUUGUGUUGUGGCGCCACCUUGAGUACUACCUGCUGCACUGCACCCCCACCGACCCAAAGGACUCCCCGCUGCCUGGAGCCAGCUUAUAUCGAUCUCGCCUCGCUAACGACUCUUUUUGUGGCCUUCAAGCAAGUGCUGGCAGAAGUUCCAUUUCCUGUGUCACUAAGCAAGAUUUAGAAUUGUUGAAGAGCGACAUGGCUGCUGGUUUCGGAGAAGCUCUCCAGAGGAAGCUCUUGGAGGUGGAAGGCUUGUACAGCCAAGUGCACUCACGCUACACCUUCAUACAGGCUCUCGUACGCAGGAUCCGAGGCCUCCUGAGACAGUCCAAAAGCUGAGACUGACAGACGCAUACAGAUGGACGACAUUGCAAUGAAUCAUUUUUCGUGCAAAAUGAUGGCGACCUUACACAAUACAUAUUUUGUUUUAGAAUUAUUCUCUCUCAAACAUGAUGGGACAUGAACGUUAUGACAAUAAUCUCACACUUAAAGGAGAGGGAAUUACCCCAUAAUAACAUUUCUUUUGUUUAAUUCCUCUUUUUCUUGCAAAUAAAUGUUUUCUAC